AAGCAUUUCAGAUUUUUCAAAUAUGGUUGUUGAUGUUAUCUGAUGUUCGUUCUCGUUACCCGCAGCACGUACUGCUUAGUCCGGUGGCCUUGGACAUGGCUCCAUCGUCUUUGACAUGGGGCAGAGUGUCGGCGCGGUACUCAACGUCACGGACUACGUUUUCCCGUCUCCAUCGGCGUCGUACGAUGACUCGCACGACCUGUUGGUUCCUCCGCGUCAUGCCCCUCGUGCCCCAGGCGCGGCUGGGGCGCGCCCUCGAGGUGCGCUUCCCACUGUGGGCGGAAGCUGAUGUGCCAGCCAUUCUUUUACCACCCGCUGUCUGUGGUUCUUGGCGCGGUCCUGUUGCAUCUGCUGGCGCAGCGGUUGCCGUCUGUGUAUUGUAUUUUCAUGCGAAUGCAUGCGAUAUUGGUGAGUGUGUUGCGGACGCUGCGGCGAUACGUGACGGUGUUUUUGGGGGUGAUGCAGUUGUGCUCGCACCGGAAUAUCCAGGGUAUGGACUUCUUGACGGUUUCGAGCCUUCAGUUGAGGGCAUCGACAUGGUCGCUAAGGCCGCGUGGCGAUUCUGUUGCGACGACUUGGGCUUCCUACCUACCCAGGUCGUGCUGUGGGGCCGCUCGAUUGGAACAGGACCAGCCUCGGCCCUGGCGUGCUCCUGUGCUGUGACACAAGGCGAGCGCAGCCAAAGUCAGGCCGGCCGUCCCGUGGGCGCCCUCGUGCUGCUGGCACCCUUCACUUCGGUCUCUGACGUUGUGCUUGCGCACUCCAACUCGCUCGUGGCGUCCCUCGUAGAUCCCAUGUGGAAUAUCGCCAGGCUCGUUGGAGAUGAAGGCCUCAAGGAGGUGCCGCUGUGCGUCGUGCACCCGAAGGACGACGAGGUCAUACCCCUGGAGCAGGGCCUCGCGGUGCUCGACGGGGCGGCGGCGCGGCUCAAGUUCGGGCUCUGGCUGGCAGGC